AUCAAAAACCUCUCACACUUAUUAAAACAUUACCGCCGUACCUUUAACCUGUCUACCCUUUACUUAUCUGGACUUCACUUCACGACAACGGGACUUUACUCUUAUUAUUGAUUGAAUUGCCAUGACUUAGCUUUUGCUUGCAGUAAAUCAUAACAUCCAUACCAAAAGUUUCGUUUUCCAUUGUCGCAUACCGAUGGUAGAUAUCUAUAACACAAUCCAGUUUAAUUAUACAACGACUCGAGUAUAAUAAUAUCUACUUGGUGCCUACCUACCAACCUACCUGCCUGCCUAGGUACUCUAUAGCGAGCUUUUAUCAUGGCUACCAGUUUUCCUUACCCAGAAUCAGUACAUUCCAAACGCCCCAAGACAGCUUCGGUAUUGAAAGCAUUUAUGCAUAAGCGCACAACUUCUGACGGAUCGACUCUUUCACCCGCGACUUCACCAAAUGACGUUUUUGUAGCCUCUCCAGCCUUCGAAGAUAUGCCAUCGCCGUCGGAUUACACCCAUCAUCGCGCUCUCGCGGAUAUACAACGUAACCAGCAAACCUCUUCAAUCAUUUCACCUUACACAACCUCGCAACAAGAAGGCCUUCGACCUAAAACAGGUUAUGCGGGUAAAGGAUUGCAUAAGAAGACAAUGAGUGUCUUGUCACUCAAGUCAUUGGCAGGCCCAGCAAAGGAGCCUACCAAGGGAACAUCAAUUCGGGACAAGCCUUCAACGAAACCCAAAAAGACUAAAUCCUCGACAAGCCUUGUUGGGCUCCUCACUCGCCCAAGGUCCUCGAAGAACCUCAAGUUAGAUGUAGAGCUGGCACAACGCGAUUCAAAGGAUAAGGAGAACCAGACUCCGGUGGUAUCAUCGCCUGUUCCAGAAUCCGCGACUCGUCCUGCACGACCACCAAUAUAUUCGCAAUUCUCGAGUGACAUGUUCACAAAACAACCUUUGGGAGGUAAAUUCUUAGAGGAUCAGAUCGACCUUCAUACACCCGAGAACCAUUCGCCAACCAAACAACGAAGCUUUUACAAUGGACAAAGCUCACAGCCGAGUCUUGCAGGCCGGGAAGGUGUAUCGAUACGGCCGCAUUCCACAUAUUUACCCAGCAGUUUCAGUAUCCAAGACAUUCAUAGAAACAUUAGUGGGGAAAGUAAAAACAGAUGCAGUGUUGACAUUCCAAGGCGACAAGUCUCGACGGAAAAGAAACCGAGUUUGGAUUAUCGAACUUCAAUGGAUUUAAGACCAAGACCAAGCUUCCAACGAUCAAGCACCGAAACAUCAGUUGCAUCAAUCAAAACAUCAAGUAGUACCCGAGGUUCUCGAGUCAUGGCGGCAGUUUCCAACUUUACAGCAAAGGCAAGGGGGGAUAGUGGAGUAUAUGUUCCAGUACAGACGCCGACCUCUGCGACAUUUGGGCCCGACAGAUCUCUCAAUGAUAGAGAUAUUGACACCGAAUUCGAGGCUAUGUUGGAUAGGCGAAACAUCCCAGAGCAUCAACGUGGAAAGAUGAGAAAUCUCGCCAAAUCCAUGAAGAAAGAUUUUAUAAAACAAGAUUGGGCCGAAACCGCUGCCGCGAGAAAUGUUAGGCCAGUCAGUCAUGGUAGUGACACAAGUGGUGAAAAUGCAAAGGUCGAGGAAGCACCAGAGGUGAAGAAGAAGAAGAGACCAAGAAGUCGGACCUUUACACUCUCGAGAUCUACUAGUAAGGAACGACCUGCCGAAAAAGAUAAAAAGGCAGAAGGUGUUGUGGGAAACAGGAAGUCUGCAGAGUCUCUGAAUGGUGGAAGUAAAUCACUUACUUCUGCUGGCGCACAAGUAGCACAGAAUUUAAUUGCCAAGGCCAAGGGUCAGACACCGGAUGAUUUCGUCUCAUACUUGAGGAAGGUCCGGAAACCAGAAUCGGUGGAAGUAGGAAGGUUACAUAAGCUCAGGCUAUUAUUACGAAACGAAACAGUAGCCUGGACUGACAAUUUCGUUCGUCAAGGCGGAAUGGAAGAGAUAGUGGGACUACUACAUAGAACUAUGGAAGUUGAGUGGAGAGAGGAGCAUGAAGAUGCUUUACUGCAUGAAGUUUUGCUUUGCUUGAAAGCACUAUCAACCACGGCUUUAGCACUUCAACAUCUUAACAUUAUUCAGAAGACUCUUUUCCCCGCACUUCUUCAUAUGCUUUUUGACGAGGAGAAAAAGGGACCAGCGGAGUUUACUACUCGAAACAUUGUCACUUGGCUUUUAUUCACUUACCUCAAAUCCGCUACCCUUAGCGAACGCGCAACCAGAGCUCGAUUCCUCCUCUCCUAUCUCCGCGACCCUGAACCAAGUGAAUCACAACGCCCUGUUGACUUCGUACUUGAUAUGCGACGACAGCGCCCUUAUCGCGUUUGGUGUAAAGAAGUUAGUAAUGUCACUAAAGAGGUUUUUUGGAUCUUCCUCCACAAUCUCAAUGUCAUUCCGCGCCCAGAUUCCCGUCAUUCUCCAGAACAACAAAAUGAUACCCCGCCUGAUCUACCAUAUAUGAUCAAGCACUUUCCACAAGAGCUUCCUCCAGUUCCAGCCGCACCAUAUGUUGGAGGUGUCGAAUGGGAUGCAACAAAUUACCUUGCUUCUCACCUCGACAUUGUUAAUGGCUGCAUUGCAUCUUUACCCACUCUCGAAGAACGUAAUCAAGUUCGCGAAGAACUAAGAGUCUCUGGGUGGGAAAAGUGUAUGGGCUCUACUUUGCGUCUAUGUAAAGAGAAAUUCUAUGGUGGCGUACAUGCGGGCUUAAGAUGUUGGGUCGCGGCUGCAAUUGAAGAUGGUUGGGAGACGAAGGAUGUGAGAUGUGGUCCUAGUCCUGAUAACAAAAGUCCAGUGCGAAAAAAUAUCACUCCAAAGAAUGUGGCUGGCGCGGGUGUGGAAAACGCUCCUCCUAAGAUUGAUAUGAAGUUGAGUUUCGCACAGAGCAGAGUUGACAAUGGCGGAGAUGCUUGGCUUUGAUUGUGAUAAUGUACCAAUAUCACGUUUAGCUUGAGUUAACAGGAUGCAGAAAGAGGGGAGGGAAUGUAAGAAGUAAGACUCAGUGGUUCAUAUUUCUACGAUACGAAGACAAUAAGGAGAGCAAAGAAGAAGUAAUUGCGGGGGAUAGUGUUCACAUUAGUCAGUCUAUUUGAUAUGGUUGUAUGGGCUUGGUUUAAUCGGUCGGAAGGGGUUAGGAUUUGUUGGAUGAACAGGGUCGGUGUGACGGAGUAAUUAUUGAUUGUCCUGGAUAUUUUGUGAUUGAAGCAUAAGGUUUUGUGGGAGGCAUUUGUAAAGUGUGUGACGGGGAGGAUAUGAGAGGAGGGGAGGAGAAGCUGAGGAAAGAGAUCAAGGAAGAAGAAAGAGGGAAGGAAGAGAAAAGAGAGAAGCAAUACAGAAAGGAAGAAGACAGGGACGUGAUUGAUGAUGACUUUAUGAUAAAUGAUUCAAUGGUAGUUUGUUUUUCUUGCGUUUUGUGUAUUUUUCUUUUUGUAAAGUCUUUUUCUGGCUUAGUUAUCAUACUUACUUACUACUGUUCUUCUACUCACUUUUCUGGAUUACUUACUACUUGUUGAUUGCUGCUGCUGCUGCGGCUAUGUUUUAUUUUCUUCUUGAAUGAUGAUCAUUUUGGCUAUGGAUGAGUAGGUGGGUAGGUAGGUAUUCAUGUGUGUAUGAUUGAGUAGGUAUGGUACAUAUGUAGUUGUCUGUUUGUAUGUGUAGAUACUUGGUAGGGCUUUGGGGGGUGGUUUGUAGUGGUGGUGGUGAUGCUGGUGAUGAUGGUGGUGAUGGUGAUGGGGUAGUAAUAGGAUAGGAUUCGG